GCGCUCCUCCCGCAGACAAGAGCGCCAAAGCCACGGGGAAGCGUCAGGAUUGGCCUGAACCAUGAGGAGCUCCUGGCGCUUCUGUCGCUGCUUCUUUUCAAACAGCCGCCGCUGGGGAAAUGGGAGAGUGGGAAAACUCAAGAAUGAGAGACAGCCAACACGGGCCGGGAGUCCUAGAGCAAGACCUGGUGGAGAGGCCCCUGGGGAGGCACAGAAGGCGGAAGAGUUGGAGUGGCGGGAAAUGUGGCGUCAAGAGGCUGGGAUUCCGAGAAAGAAGCGAGGCGUUCACGAAAAUACGAGCGACUUCGGCAAGGGGCGGGGCCGCUGGACGUGGAUGAAAGCUACAGAGCCAGCGUGGACCAAUCAGACCUCUUUGGGGCGGGGCCUCUGGAUAAGUGGGCGUGGUCUAGGGGGGAAGUCACCAAGAACGCACCGGAGGUCCUUGCCCGCCCUGGAAAACGCCCUCUGCGGUGAAGGAGAGACCACACUGCCAUGCCUCCCUCUGGGCCCCGAGGAACCCUCCUUCUGUUGCCGCUGCUGCUGCUGCUCCUGCUUCGCGCCGUGCUGGCUGUCCCCCUGGAGCGAGGGGCGCCCCACAAGGAGGAGACCCCUGCGACUGAGAGUCCCGACACAGGCCUGUACUACCACCGGUACCUCCAGGAGGUCAUCGAUGUGCUGGAGACGGAUGGGCAUUUCCGAGAGAAGCUGCAGGCUGCCAAUGCGGAGGACAUCAAGAGCGGGAAGCUGAGCCGAGAGCUGGACUUUGUCAGCCACCACGUCCGCACCAAGCUGGAUGAGCUCAAGCGACAGGAGGUGUCACGGCUGCGGAUGCUGCUCAAGGCCAAGAUGGACGCCGAGCAGGAUCCCAAUGUACAGGUGGAUCAUCUGAAUCUCCUGAAACAGUUUGAACACCUGGACCCUCAGAACCAGCAUACAUUCGAGGCCCGCGACCUGGAGCUGCUGAUCCAGACGGCCACCCGGGACCUUGCCCAGUACGACGCAGCCCAUCAUGAAGAGUUCAAGCGCUACGAGAUGCUUAAGGAACACGAGAGACGGCGUUAUCUGGAGUCACUGGGAGAGGAGCAGAGAAAGGAGGCAGAGAGGAAGCUGGAAGAGCAACAGCGCCGGCACCGCGAGCACCCUAAAGUCAACGUGCCUGGCAGCCAAGCCCAGUUGAAGGAGGUGUGGGAGGAGCUGGAUGGACUGGACCCCAACAGGUUUAACCCCAAGACCUUCUUCAUACUGCAUGAUAUCAACAGUGAUGGUGUCCUGGAUGAGCAGGAGCUGGAGGCACUCUUCACUAAGGAGCUGGAGAAAGUGUACGACCCAAAGAAUGAGGAGGACGACAUGCGGGAGAUGGAGGAGGAGCGACUGCGCAUGCGGGAGCAUGUGAUGAAGAAUGUGGACACCAACCAGGACCGCCUCGUGACCCUGGAGGAGUUCCUCGCAUCCACUCAGAGGAAGGAGUUUGGGGACACCGGGGAGGGCUGGGAGACAGUGGAGAUGCACCCUGCCUACACCGAGGAAGAGCUGAGGCGCUUUGAAGAGGAGCUGGCUGCCCGGGAGGCAGAGCUGAAUGCCAAGGCCCAGCGCCUCAGCCAGGAGACAGAGGCUCUAGGGCGGUCCCAGGGCCGCCUGGAGGCCCAGAAGAGAGAGCUGCAGCAGGCUGUGCUGCACAUGGAGCAGCGGAAGCAGCAGCAGCAGCAGCAGCAAGGCCACAAGGCCCCGGCUGCCCACCCUGAGGGGCAGCUCAAGUUCCACCCAGACACAGACGAUGUACCUGUCCCAGCUCCAGCCGGUGACCAGAAGGAGGUGGACACUUCAGAAAAGAAACUUCUCGAGCGGCUCCCUGAGGUUGAGGUGCCCCAGCAUCUGUGAUCCUCCGGGACCCCAGCCCUCAGGAUUCCUGAUGCUCCAAGGAGACUGAUGGGCGCUGGAUGAAGUGGCACAGUCAGCUUCCCUGGGGGCCGGUGUCAUGUUGGGCUCCUGGGGCGGGGGCACGGCCUGGCAUUUCAUGCAUUGCUGCCACCCCAGGUCCACCUGUCUCCACUUUCACAGCCUCCAAGUCUGUGACUCUUCCCUUCUGUCCUCUGAGGGGCUUGCCUUCUCUCGUGUCCAGUGAGGUGCUCAGUGAUCGGCUUAACUUAGGGAAGCCCGCCCCCUCCCCUUCUCCGUCUGUCCCAAGAGGGUCUGCUCUGAGCCUGCGUUCCUAGGUGGCUCGGCCUCAGCUGCCUGGGUUGUGGCCGCCCUAGCAUCCUGUAUGCCCACAGCUACUGGAAUCCCCGCUGCUGCUCCGGGCCAAGCUUCUGGUUGAUUAAUGAGGGCAUGGGGUGGUCCCUCAAGACCUUCCCCUACCUUUUGUGGAACCAGUGAUGCCUCAAAGACAGUGUCCCCUCCACAGCUGGGUGCCAGGGGCAGGGGAUCCUCAGUAUAGCCGGUGAACCCUGAUACCAGGAGCCCGGGCCUCCCUGAACCCCUGGCUUCCAGCCAUCUCAUUGCCAGCCUCCUCCUGGACCUCUUGGCCCCCAGCCCCUUCCCCACACAGCCCCAGAAGGGUCCCAGAGCUGACCCCACUCCAGGACCUAGGCCCAGCCCCUCAGCCUCAUCUGGAGCCCCUGAAGACCAGUCCCACCCACCUUUCUGGCCUCAUCUGACACUGCUCCGCAUCCUGCUGUGUGUCCUGUUCCGUGUUCCGGUUCCAUCCAAAUAUACUUUCUGGAACAAA